AUGCUGGUGGAGCUGGUGGAGCGAUCUCAGCUGGAGCACUACACGGCCCCUCAGGCGAGUGACGGCCCCCAGCUCUGGGCCCGGGCCGGCCAGGACAUCACGCUGGUGUGCAGGGCCCGAGCGCCCCCAAAAGCCGACCUGCGUCACCUGCGCGUGCACUGGCACCUCCUGCGGGAGCCGGCGGGGGGCUCCGUAGUGCACAGCUACCACACGGGGGCCGACCAGCUGGGAGACCAGGCCGAGGAGUUCAGGGGCCGGACGCGGCUCCUCCUACAGGGGAUCCGCCAGGGGGUGGUGGCCCUGAGCCUGACCGGUGUGCGGCCCUCGGACAGCGGCUCGUACCGGUGCUUCAUCAUGGACAGCCAGGCUGACAGCAUCAUGGACAUCGUCCUCCACGUGGCAGCCCCGUACGAGCCCCCCCAGCUCGCCGUGCUCUCCCGGGCUGGGGGGAGGCUGGCCCUGCAGUGCCGCUCCGCGGGGGGUUACCCCCAGCCCGAGAUAACGUGGCACGACGGGAACGGGACCCGGCUGAGCCAGGACGAGCCGGUGGAGCUGCAGCGGAGCAGACAGGGGGCCUUCGAGGUGCGGAGCAGCCUGUCGCUGACGCCCCGCCUCGGGGGGUCCGUCUGCUGCACCCUGAGCCACCGGCCCCUGCAGCAGAACAUGAGCGUCUGCGAGACCCUCCCAGCCUCGGAGGAAGGGAGCCGACCCGAGGAGCCAUACAUCAUCCUGGGGCUAACCCUUGGGUACGUGGCCAUUGCGGUGCUCAUUGUCCUGCUGGGCACUGCAGCUGUGCAACUAGGAUGA